UACUUGAUGUUCUCUGCCGCAAGACUCUGAUUAGUUGCAUUAUUGCAUAAACUACAUUAGGGAACGUGACAAAUAUUGGCAACAGCAAUAUCCUUAUUUCAUUACAAUUUUUUUGUUUUUGCUAAUGGCUUCUCAAGGUGCCAUACUUCCUCCUCAUGUACUCAUUUUUCCGUUGCCAGUUCAGGGCCAUGUGACUUCCAUGCUCAAACUAGCCGAACUCCUGUGUCUUUCUGGCCUUGACAUUACAUUCAUGGUCUCUGAUUUCAGCUACAACCGCCUCCUCAAGCACACCACAGUCGUUUCGCGUUUCAAGCAGUAUCCUGGGUUCCAUUUCCAGUCCAUUACCGAUGGGCUUCCUGAUGACCAUCCUCGAGUUGGCGAGCAAGUCGUGGACAUCCUGACUUCAACCAAAAACAUAACAGGACCACUCUUCAAGCAGAUGAUGUCAGAGAAGAAUUUAUUCGGUUCUGGAACCCGAAGACCAAUUAGUUGCAUCAUAGCUGAUGGGGUCCUGACAUUUGCCGGUGAUUUUGCUGAAGAGAAAGGGAUUCCCCUCAUAUAUUUUCGUACUAUAAGUUCUUGCUCCUUUUGGGCUUCCUUUUGUAUACCUGAACUCAUUGAAGCUGGUGAAAUUUUCGUCCAAGGUAUUGGCAUGGACCAAUUAGUAAAAAGUAUACCGGGAAUGGAAGGUUUUCUAAGAUUCCGUGACUUGCCCAGCUUUUGCCGUGUCAACGACAUCUAUGAGCCAAACCUUCAAUUGAUGAAAUCCGUGACUAGACAAACCACGAGAGCGCAAGCAGCCAUUUUUAACACUUUUGAAGAUCUAGAAGGGUCAAUAGUAUCUCAUAUACAGAAGCACAUACCAAAAGUCUUCACCAUUGGACCAAAUCAUUCCCACCUGAAGUCGAGACUGGCUGAGAAGAAGGUCGAUAAUUCAGUUCUUUCAGGAAGCUUCUGGGCUGAAGACCGGAGUUGUCUGGAUUGGCUUAAUGCACAGCCGUCAAAUUCAGUAAUCUACGUUAGUUUUGGAAGCAUUACAGUUGUGACAAGAGAGCAGCUAUUGGAGUUCUGGCAUGGAUUGGUGAAUAGUGGACAGAGGUUCUUGUGGGUCAUGAGACCAGAUUCAAUUGUAGGGGAAGAUGGGAAGAAUCAAACUCCAAUAGAAUUAGAGGAGGGUACGAAGGCCAGGGGUUACAUGGUAGGAUGGGCUCCUCAGGAAGAAGUUCUGAACCACGAGGCAGUGGGUGGGUUUUUGACUCACAGUGGAUGGAACUCGACUCUGGAGAGUAUUGUAGUUGGUGUGCCAAUGAUUUGUUGGCCAUAUUUUGGUGAUCAAACAACUAACAGUAGGUUUGUGAGUGAGGUUUGGAAGAUUGGGUUAGACAUAAAAGAUACUUGUGAUAGAGAAAUUAUUGAGAAAGCAGUCAGAGAGCUUAUGGAAGAAAGGAAGGAUGAGUUCUUGGAAAGGUCAGAAAAUAUGGCAAAGCUUGCAAGAAAGGCUGUUAGUGAAGGUGGAUCAUCGUAUAGCAAUUUGAAUGCUCUUAUUGACUACAUCAAAACAAUGAUCAUCUGAUGUUUUCAAACUUUCUUGCUAUGAAAGGAAAACGGAAAUUCAAGAUAGUUGAAUUAUACAAUCAGUAAACUCGGUUUUAAGUGAGACUUAUGCUUUCGUUUGUUCUAUAAUUGUCAGUAUUUAGGUAUAUUUCUUCCUAUACCUCUUUAUAUUGUGUGUUUGUUGAUACUUCCAUUUUUUGUCAAGAAGAUUUGGUAUUAAUCAUUCCAAUAACAUUACAGUUUCAGAAUAACAACACUUAUUUAUUAAA